GAACACCUUUGCUUUCUGUCUGAUCCUGGUUUGGGGAAACGCAAGAGAAGAUUCGGCGACAUGGGUGGUUACUGCGCAGCGAAAACGAGUUGCGGCGAAGAGCCGUCCCUAUCGGACCCCGUCGACCCUGAUAUCCAGGGUGCAGGAUAUUAUCCAGGUCAUCCUCUCAAUGCUUCUUAUCUCCUUUACGGCCAUGAUCACUGCUUUCCUUGCCAUCGUUCGGCGCGGGCUCCCUAAAGAACAAUACGCUCUGUUCGACGAGCUCUUCUUGGCACUCCCAUUCGUGAAAUGGAUUGCUGGCAACCCUGAGAAUCAUCCUGCCUGUCACCAAAUUAGCAGAUACCAAACGUUUAUUCUAUCUUUGAGCGAUCAAACCCUGAUAACGGGCAUCGCACUUUGCGUCGCCCUAUUCCUCCUCUUCUGCCAACUGUCCGCAUUCUCUUACCAUGUCGGCAUAAAGCUCGCUUCAUUAGCAUCAGGUGUACACCUAGCAACGUUGAACAUCUUGAGGCUACACUUUCAGAAUCAUAGAUGGCAGACCCGCGUUCGUAUUGGCUUAAUGCUGAUCUACCUGGCAACCAUGAUCACAGGUACAUACCUGGAGUACAUCAUGUGGGACUACGAUCCGUCGAGACCAGCCGCUUGCGAGCUAUGGGCAAGUUCUGGUGACAGAGAGACUCUUGACGUUGCGCUGCGAGAUGGAACUGCCAGCGCUAUUCUCAUGUGCCUCCUAUACAUGUACGCCAUGCGUAGUAUACGACGGGAGGAUGAGAAUCACACGUCUACACCUCGCUGGCUGCUGACGAUCAUGUGCUCCAUUUACAAAGAGCCCAACCCGAAAUGUUUUACAAGCUAUUUAGACGAGCAUCGACAUCAAAGAAGACUGGCAAGUCUCGACAAGAAACACAAGAUUAUCAAAAAAACGACACCCGCACACUCUGAGUCAAUGGUUGUGCGGGCCAUUUUGGCGGACGUUUUGACGGAUGUUUACGAUUCACUGAUCAUUGACUUUUGCACCAGUCUUGCCUGGACCGGGUUCGGUUUGGAGUCGUUGCGACGGAGCCUUUUUGAGAUAGAAGUCGACACAAGUCCUCUCUUUGAAUUCAGCUUUGGUCAAGUCAUGCCGCUGCUGCUUCUGCUGGUGUUUGCACUGACAGCACUGGAGGUCGGGAGCAUCAUAGAGCCCAUUCAUAAAGAAGCCCCGAUGCCUGAUGCUCUGGCUGCAAGGGGAUUUGGUGUCGAGGGACAUAGUUAG